AUGUGGAUACAAUUCAUUGGUUUUCUUCUUAACAAUUGUAAGUGGUUGUGUGAAAAGCCAGAAACUCCCGUUCCCCCUCCACGCAAACCGAAACCUACAGUUGAUCAUGUAAAGUUUGGUCUAAAAGAAGCUUUGCUUACGCUCCCAUCUGGAGCCCGCGCCUCCCUUCACUUUGAUCCCAAGAAUACCUCUUUUACAAUUCAGCUGGAUAAGCCUGUAGCUGAAAGCUCACUUGACGACCUUCGCAGCGGCAUAGCAAAGCACAAAGAGGAUAUCCAAGAACAAAUACUCAAAGCCUCUAAGAACUCUGAGCUACCCGAAGCUCGAGAGGUCAAGGAAUACGCUAUGAAGGAAAUAUUUGUUCCCCAGACGCUGGAAGAAAUUAUUGAAAUAGCAAAUAAGGAUGGCGUCGUUCCUUUUACGGUUUCAGGCAAGUAG